AUGAUGAAGAUAACAUUCGAAGGGCCCUUUGCCCUCCUCCACUAUGACGCAAGGUCAAAAACCAUGAUUGAUUGGGCGUGUGCUAAUGGGACACAACAAACCUAUGUUGAGUCUAUUGUGUAUCCUUGGUGGGAUGAGACAAGCGAAACUUGGAUCUGGACAGCGAGAUGCGCUAAAGAUAGUUGCACAUACGAAGGUACUUUCAGCUACGGACACAAAGCACUCAAGCAUAUCCUCUCAGAGACUUCACUCUUUUACCAGCAGUGGAAUCAGCAGAGAAGAGUUCCAGAUACUGUUUCAAACUUAGCUGGGCUUGAUUAUGAUAUACCUGUGUCUGCGAUCCUUGGUAUCUGUCUUAAGUAUAGACUGUUGAGUCCCUCAAAUUCCCACGAGUCCAGGGGUCGACGGAUUAAGAUGGUGGAUCGAUUAUUGCUGCUUUUUCUAUUGGAGGACUAUGUCUUCUCUGGAGAUUUAUGGCGCCUUGUUAUAGCACACCACAUAGAAAUUAUGCAAGAAACACAAUUACGCAAGACGCAAACACAGAACUUCAGCAGCAGAUUUCGGUUUGAAAGGGAGCUAGAGUUCUUGGAAGAUAAGAGAGAUAGAGCUCAAUUGGAACUGUCGCUAUACUCUCAGGCCACGGACGUCUUUCAGCUGCAGUUAGGGUUACGCCAUGGAAGUCCUGUAAUUCAACUCUCAGUGGGAGACAGGCGUUUGCCAGGCACUUUCUCAAGAGUUGGUUCAGGGAGCUUGCGCCAGCCAGAUCUAGUGCAUAUGAAAUGCAGAGAGUGGUUAAGCGGUAUCUUGACUGGCAAGUCUAAUUCUGCUGGUGAAGGUAGGCUUGAAUCCGCCAAGGAUACCGUUCCUGCUAUUGUGAAAGAAGAACCAACAUCCAUUGCAUCCAAACUCAUGACAAUAUACACUACACUAGUGUUGCCUGAAGCAACUCAAUGCCCUUACCAUUUGGUCAGUACAUGGGUUGAGGAAUGUAUGGAGGAAUACUACAUGGAUGAUAGAGUGAUGGAACAAGCGUCCUUGCAGAUGUUGAUAUUGCAAGCCGGUGAUUUAUCCGAUGUCCAAGCUGAACAGCACUUCCUUGAAGCUCAGCUGAGUCUAAUGCAAUCAAAACUGCGGCGUGCUCAAACAGAGGUGGAGCUCCUCUCAGAUGCCAUACAAUACCUUACUGAGAGCAAUACUACUCCUCUUACACAGAAGAAAGCUGUGGAUGGUCUGACUCCUAAUGGUUGUUCCUGCAAAAGCCCGGAGUCCAUGAUGUACAGUAUCGAUGUAUGA